CAAGUCUCCUCUGAUUUUCACAAAAUGUGUGAUUUGUUGCAGACAAUUUGUCACCUCACCACACGUUCGCUUCCCCACUCCCAAAGUAACAGCGAGACAAAAUCGUCGAUUUUGGGGAGUAGCGCUAGAGAAUUUGCAACAUGGAAAGGGGAAGCUUGCAAGUUCGCACAUAGCAUCUUGGAGUUGAGAGCGCCACAGAAUCAUCCAAAGUACCGCACAAAACCGUGUGUGAUUUACACAAUCACUGGAGCCUGUCCAUUUGGAGUAAGAUGCUUUUUCGUUCACCGUAAUAACCCCCCCUCCACCAUGGUGUUUCGGGACAACGCCAGUCUCAACUACUCCCUUUAA